AUCAAAAUAGUGUUAGUAACGCCUCAAAACACAUUUGAUUUUCGUAUGGCUUUGGAUACAGUGCAAAAUGUUGAAAACUACAUUCGAGACAUUGCAAAAGAUCGUAGAUGCAGAUUUGAUGAAAACUUUCACGAUUAUGAUAACUUAAGGUCUGGAUAUGUCACUGGAAACCAAUUCUUAAGAAUUUUAAGAAAUUUGAUUGGUGUUCCACUUGACGUUUCACAGGAAAAACUUCUAUUUAAAAAAUAUGGGGUUGAUAAGAAUCGGUAUAUUAACUGGAGGAAAUUUGUUCGCGAAAUAGAAGGUAAAUAUGAUGAAAAUGAUUUUAGUGUAACCCCGGAAUCCAAGGUUCUCCAAACAAUCGAAUCUCCGAGCGUAGGCACAAAAUCACAGCAUAAGCUGUACAAUGAUGGAAAAUUGGAAUACAUAAAACCACUUCUUUCGAGAAUCAAUCAAUUUAUCCGUAACCAAGGUUAUAUAAUACGCCAGUGUUAUAAACAGUACGAUGUUCAUAACUUAGGUGAGGUGACGGAAAGCCAAUUUUUCAGAGGGUUUCCUGGUCCGAAGGAUGUCAGUGAUGAAGAAAUGAUGUCACUAGUUCAGUGUUAUAAAUCACUAACUAAUCCUGGUCUUGUAGACUAUCUAGCUUUUGAAAAAGACCUUGAAAUGAUUGACUCAUACGAAAAAGCAUUGGAAGACAACACAAAACUUGCAAAAGACAAAAAUAUUGAUCAUGUCUUCCAAAAAGAUAAUUUAUUAAUUCCAUCACAACAUAUGAUCAUUGAUCGCAUAAAAGUUACUAUUCGGAACCGUGGUAUACGUGUUAUGGACUUUUUUAUGGAUUACGAUAAAUUAAGACAUGAUGAGGUAACGGAACAUCAGUUCACAUGUGCUCUCCUAUCAUCUGUUGGUAAGGAAGCUAAAUUAAGUCGUGAGGAGGUUCAAAUGCUUGCAAACUACUACCGUUCAACAACAAACCCUCAGUUCAUCAAUUAUCGCGAAUUUUGUAGAGAAGUUGACUCACCUUUUCAGACGCUGUAUUUGGAGAAGGAUCCGUUAAAACCAAUUACUAUACCAGCUAGAGGUGCACUUUCACAGCCUUUAUGCGUAUUAAGCCAAGAAGACGAAGAUCGUGUAUCUAAACUAGUUGAAGAAAUUAAACGUCAAGUCCGUGAAAAAAGAAUCUUAACAUAUCCAUACUUUCAAGACUAUGAUAUGGGAUCAUGUUUUUCGAGAAGUAUUACCAAUACACAAUUUGAAAGAGUAUUACACUUUCUUGGUUUGAAUCUGAGUAAAGAAGAUUGUCGUCGUUUAUGUAGAAAAUUUGCGAAUCCUACGAAUGGUUGUAUUAAUUAUGGAGCAUUCUGCGAAAGGAUAGAUGACUGGUUUACCGCCGCGGCCCCUGUAAAUUUCGAUGAAGAUAACCCAGGAGAUGUGAAUUUUGAAGUAUCAAACAAGGUUGUAACAAAAUGCACUCCUGAAAUAGGUGAUACACGCUGUGGUAAAAAUGUAGUCCAACGAAAUCGGCAUUCAACAGUGAUACCAGUAAUUUUAUCAGCUGGGGAUCAAUGGCCUGUUGAGGUUUUAUUAAACCGUAUCCGACAUUUGGUUCUAGUUAACCGUAUACCAUUAAAACCUGGGUUUCACGAUUUCGAUCGUUUACGUAGUGGCUAUGUAACACGAUCUCAGUUUGAACGUUGUUUAACGGCCGCAGGGCUAACACGUUUAGACCUGCACGAUCUUACACCAGUACAAGUAAACAUCUUGGUAGAUAGAUACGUGUCUUCAACUGAUCCCAACAUGGUGAACUGGAUAAAAUUUGUUAAUGAUGUAGAAACAGUAUUUACUCUACCGGAGUUGGAAAAACAACCACUCACUCGUGUACUACCACAAGAAACAUUUAUCCAACCGAAACCGGGUACAGCAGAUUGGACGUUAGCAACUGAAGAAAUGAAACAGAACUAUGAAAAUGGUAUGAGAAUUUUAAGACAAAAAGUAAAUGAACGUCGGUUGGAAUUAACUCCAGAUUUUGCGGCUUUCGAUUUUUUACACCGUGGAAUAGUGACAACAAAUAAUUUCCGUCAACUGAUAAGUAUGUAUGAUUUUUGUUUGUCGCCGGCAGAAAUUGAUGCUAUCAUAUCACGUUAUGCCAAUGAUGAUGGGUUCAAUUACUUAGACUUUCUAAACCACCUCUGUCCACCGAAAUUAGAAGAAAACGAAUAUAAGUAUCCAGAACGUUUAGCUACAUCACAGAGAAUAAAUAAACUGAGUAAAGAAAAAACGGAAAUAGAACCUGUAAUGGGAGAUGCUGAAGGUAUUAUGGAUACACUGAAAGCAGAGGUAUAUUUACAGUUUUAGAUAAUUUCAAUGCAUAAACGACUUAACGAGAUAUUCGGAAAUUAGAUUUGCGCAAUAUAUCAUAUCGAUUUUCAUUAUUUUUACCUUAACCAUUGCGCAUACCUGCCUUCCUGCUCUGAAUUGUUAAAAAAUUGUCAGAGACAAGUGCUUAUCAUCGCGAAAUAACUUUAUACACCUGACUAUUGUAAAGUUUCUUCCAGGAAUUUUUAAUUCAUCACCGUCAUCUCGUGCAUGUGCCGCCGAUAAAAUCACGAGACUGAGAGCAGGUAAUUCAUCCUAAAAUGAGGAUAAGUGGACAGAGAUAUAUUUCCACAAGAUUUAAAGAAACCUAGAUCGUAAAAUGCUUGUACAGAUAGACUAAAGGAUCUGGACGGAAGGAAUGAUAUAUGUAUCUACUGCAUUUAUUAUCUACAAUGUGCACUUAAUUUUUAUUCAAUUUUAAUGCCUAGGUAACAAGGUGAUCGAAAAUCCGGGGGAUGUAUCCCUGAAUUGUUAAAUGUCGAGGUUCGGUCACCCAAGCAGAGACACAUCUUUCAAAAAAAUAAUACGCCUCAAACCUUAUGGUUUUUGUGUCAUGUGAAUUCGUGUCCAAGGUUUUACAGAUAAAGUUUAUAAACUCAGUGACAGAUAACUCAUAUCAACUGAUUGAUGCGAUUAGCAUAAAAUAGACGUAAAUCAAUAUGAAUACCAGCAUAUAAGUAAUCUCAAAUUGGCUCCUAGAAUUUAAUUUAGCAAAAUGAACGAUAGCUACAUUGAGUGGAAAGAUUAUCCAUCACAUAAUGAAUAUUCCGUGCUUAUCCUGAUAAAAGGGAUUAGUCAAAGUACAAAUAAGAAUUAUGGUGUUGCAGAGUGGUUUUAUCAAGGAAAAGCUAGACAAUACUGUAGUACACAGAAAUAUGGGGUUGAACUAUUUUAAGAAAUAUUAGGCUUAUCCUAUAGUUGUUUUGUACAUAUACACCUCCCGUUAUUGCAAGUUCUCUCGUUCAUUACCUUUAUUUAUUUAAAUUAUUUUGUUUUAUUCUCAUAAGACGACUUGUAAAAUAUUUCUAUAAGAUAGUUAAAUAUACUGUUGUCGAAAUAUAUGUGGCAGUAGAUGUAAUAUCAGCGGGUUAACACCUCAACCAUGUAUUUUGUUAUAUCUAAAACCAGUACGUUUGUAUCUUUACUUGUAAAUAAUUCGUCAUGCUGUUAAAUCUUAUUGUAGGUAUACCGCAGAAGUCUGAGAUUAUCUGAUUGGUUUCGCGAUCAUGAUAAACUCAAUCAUGGAUACUUACAAAGAAUAACGUUUCGGCGAUGUCUAGGGGUUCUCAAUCUAAAAAUUAAUGAGAAAAGUCUAAGUAUUCUUGAAGACAGGUACUUUUAUUUAGUUCCUUUUCUACAAAUAGCGCAUGAAACCAGAAGGAAUAAUGAAAAAGUCAUACAGUUUAAUAGUGUUUUGCGUUUAAAUAAUUCAGUUUGUAUAAAUUAAACUGCAUAUAGAAUCUGUUUUCUUGCAUCACGUAGUGUAUGUGUAUGUAUUCACAAUUGCAGUAAUAAUUUUACUUAUAUAGAUGAGUGUAAUUAUCUGGUCGCUAAGGUACUGGGUUAAACACCUUAAAUGAUGGACAUUGACUCAUAAGGUCACGAGUUUGAAUACAACUCUACCUUACAUUACAAGUGUAGCUCAAAAUUUGACAUUAAAUAGCAUCAAAUAUCUCAGUAGUCUUCAUAUAAGGGAUUUAUUGUGGCAACUAGUUUGCGAAAUCACAUUCUUAUAACCUCUAACAUCAGUGAUCCUACUAAAACGAGUACUUUUACAAUAUAAAAAGAUUUAGGGACCAUUUUAAAUGACAUUAUAUUACAUCGAAAAGCGAAAUCGUUUCAGGACCGUUCGUUCUGUAAAACAUGGUUUUGGCUGCCUACAUAAUAAUUCCUACAUUUUCUUUUUUAUGUUAGGAAUUAACUCAGCAAAGCCAAAUGUACGUCGUUAUAUUUAACAAUGACUAGACAUUUGGGAAUGUACCAGGUCAUUGUGAAACAUGCAGAAAUGUGGCCAUAAAUCCUUUAAUCGGUUGUUGGGUAGUGGGUGAUUUCAUCUUAUUCACGCCUCCUAGAUAGUCACUUGUUGAUGAAGUACAGACGACUUGUUGUCGGACAUAACAAUAUGCACUUAGUAUGAGUGAAAUGCACUUAAAGUUGUUCAAGUUGUUACAGUUUAUAAUGAAGUGAAACAAAACACUAAUCAAGACUAUAAUAUUCCGGAAUAACUAGCGCCUAUACGAUUAAUUACUGUAAUCCAAUUGAUUUGUAUAUUACCCUAUACUUGAUUAUCUUGAACUAAUAUGAGAUGCCUUGGACAAAAAUCUAAAAUCGGUUAUUAUAAAGAAGACGCAACAUAACACUUUGUCUAUAGACUGAUUUAAUUUUACUGAUACAUUCUCACUAAAUAUCGAGAUAGAUAAAAAAGGAACCAUCAAUUUCGUGAAAAUAUAACUUAUUGGUAUCAUUUACUGUUCAAUUUGGUGGUGUAUUUUAGAUAUUUUAUUAAAAUAUCUUAGGAAUGGUAUCACUUGAAUUAAUAGAAGCGGUUUCGAUUGGUAAACUAAAGUUUAAUGUGUAAAAUGAUAAAUGUAAUAGAAAACAUUAAACAUUAGUUGCUACAUUCAACUGUUUUAAAAGAAGGUCUGUUUAAAGUUUGUUCAUAAUCAGACGGAAUAAUUUACAGUUUUAGUCAGUAAUUAGGUAAAAAAAGAUCUACAAAGUGUGCGACCAGUAGAAUAACAAAUACAUCAGUCAUUUCUUAUUCAAGUGCAAUGAAUUUAUUAGUGUCUCGGUGAGUGGUGAUACGAAAUUCUGAACCAUGAUAAUCUGAUGCUAAAUGUGCCAUUUUUAAGAGAGUGACAUUACUAUUGAAAAAAUUUCUCUUGUAGCAGUCAUAAUUUAAUAUGUGAUCUAUGGGCAUCAUAUUCUGUUUAUUUUUGCAGAUAUAAAGGUUCAUUGCCUGAUACAGUAGACUGGCGGGCAUUUGUUAAUGAUGUUGAGACUGUAUUUCAAACACCAAACUUAGAAAAAGAUCCACUAAUUGAACCUAGUACAUAUAAACCUGAUUCAUCAGUUGCCCAGAACCACUUGACAGCUGAAUUAGCUAAAUCUGCUGACGAGGCUAUUCUUAAGAUAGCAGCUAAAGUUAAACAACGUAGAAUACUACUGUUACCAAUGUUCAGUGAUUUUGACGAAACUCAUCGAUUAACAGUUAAUCAAAGUCAAUUUCGUCGUGUUCUAACGACACUUGGACUUGGGGAGUCAUUAACAGAAAAAGAAUGGAUUGCAUUGUAUUGCAAAUAUUGUCAUCAAAUGGGUCUAGCAAACAACGUCAAUUAUCAAGCCUUUAUUGAUGAUAUUUACACAGCAGCUGGUGUUGAUCCGCGUAUGCCGUAGUCAUAACUAAUUAUGAGGAUUCGUAACAUUAUAGUACAAUCUAUGUUUGAUUAACAAAAACCAAAAUUUUAAUUACUGAGACAAAAAUUCUAUCCUAUUAAACAACUUUAUCUGUAGUGAAACGAACAAUAAUUGUUUGUUAUGUGACACGAGGAUAGGCGAAAUACAGUAAAUUGUUCAUGAUGACAUACCAGAAAUAAAAAUAUUUCUUGAGGUUUUGGUUGGUCUUAACAGUUGGGAAAGCUCUAUAACUUUUCGGACAACAAAUAUGAAUGUGAAUUUGUU